CCGUCCGGCCUCCACGGCGUCGCACCAUGGCGACCCGCGGCGGCGUGCUGGCGGCGCUGAUGCGGCGCAAGGUCGUCUCGGAGGAGCACAUGGGCGACACGGGCCUGGCGCGCGUGCUGGGCCUGGUCGACCUCUGCUGUCUGGCCAUCGGCUCCACGCUCGGGCUGGGCAUCUACGUGCUGGCCGGCGACGUGGCCAAGAAGGACGCCGGCCCGGCGGUGGUGAUCUCGUUCCUGGUGGCCGCCGUCGCGUCGCUCUUCGCAGCGCUCUGUUACGCCGAGUUCGCGGCACGCGUGCCCAAGGCCGGCUCGGCCUACGUCUACAGCUACGUCUGCGUCGGGGAGCUGGUGGCGUUCGUUAUCGGCUGGAACCUCAUACUGGAGUACGUCAUCGGAACUGCCAGCGUGGCGAGAGGAUACAGUACAUACGUCGACUCGAUAUUCGACAAGAAGAUGCAGGGCGCCUUCAGAGACUGCUGCGCCAUCAACGUUGACUUCCUUUCCGGCUACCCGGACUUCUUCGCCUUCUCGCUGGUCUUCGUGCUCUCCGUACUGCUCGCUAUCGGUGUUAAGGAGUCUACUCGUUUCAACAACGUCUUCACCGUCUGCAAUCUGGUCGUCGUGGUGUACGUCAUCAUAUGUGGCAUCUUCAAAAGUGACGUGGACAACUGGAAGAUCGACCCGAGCACCGUGCCCAACCCAGGCGGGAAGCUGGACCUGGGCAGCGGCGGCUUCUUCCCAUUCGGCUUCAGCGGCGUGAUGGCCGGCGCCGCCCGCUGCUUCUACGGCUUCGUCGGCUUCGACGCCGUCGCCACCACCGGCGAGGAGGCCAAGAACCCGCAGCGCGCCAUCCCGCUAUCGAUCGUCAUCGGCCUGGCCGUCAUCUUCGCCUGCUACUUCGGCGUCUCGGCCGUGAUGACGCUGAUGUGGCCCUACUACCUGCAGGACGACGACGCUCCGCUGCCGUACGUGUUCGACCACCUGCACUGGGAGACGGCGCGCUGGAUCGUCACCGUCGGCGCCCUCUUCGGCCUCUCCUCCAGUCUGCUGGGAGCGCUCUUUCCCCUGCCACGCAUUCUGUACGCCAUGGCCAACGACGGCCUCAUCUUCCGUAGCCUGAGCAGCAUCCACCCGCGCUUCCACACGCCGUUCUGGUCCACGCUGCUGUCGGGACUGUUCGCCGCGCUGAUGGCGGCCCUGUUCGACCUGGGCCAGCUGGUGGACAUGAUGUCAAUUGGAACGCUGCUCGCCUACACCCUGGUGGCCGUCUGCGUGCUCGUGCUCCGGUUCGCGCCGUCGCCGGCGGAGGCCAACCGUCACCGGCUCCUGCAGCAGCUGUACCGGGACGAGAGCCUGGGCCUGGUGGACCACGACGCGGACGGGCCGGGCGGCCUGGCCAUCGGCGCCAGCACCGACCGGCUGCUGCCGCCCCGGCCGUCGGAGCGCGGCCUGCUGGCGCUGGUGCUGAACCGGCCGCGCCUCAGUCAGCCCUCGCACCGCUCUGCCAAGCUCGUCAACCACGUGGCCGUCGCGUACGGUGUGGUGACAGUGGCGUUCUGUCUCGUGAUCGUGUACGGGGCGGACGCCCUGAUGGCCGUCGAGGCGUGGGCUGUCAUUCUGGCCGCCAUAUUGGGCGCCGCCAUGCUCGCCUGCUUCGGCGUGGUGCUGCUGCAGCCGCAGUCCAAGGCGCACCUCUUCUUCCGGGUGCCACUGGUGCCGCUGCUGCCCAUGGUGAGCGUCUUCGUCAACGUGUACCUCAUGAUGAAGCUGAGCUCGGCCACCUGGGUCCGCUUCGGCGUCUGGAUGGCGCUCGGGUUCUGCUUGUACUUCGGCUACGGCUACCACCACUCCGAGGCGGGCCUGCAGUCGCUGGAGGAGGCCACGCCGCUAGAACCGCUCCACUCGGACGACGGCUCUGAGUACUCGGAUCACUCCGAGCGGCGCAAGCUGGUGGACUGAUCGGUACCUCCCGCACCGGAGACCGAUUGGUACCCGCAGCACCGGAGGCUGAUCGGUGCCCACAGCACCGGAGGCUGGUCGGUACCUC